CCGGUACAUGCUUUAUAAUUUAGCAAUUGUAUUUGAUUUAAUCAUAAAGUAGACAUGGCAUCAAACAUAUAUUCCUUUUGCAAACAAAUUCACCCUCCCACUACUGUUGAACAUUGCAUCUAUUGUAAUUUCUACAAUCAUCAAGAACAAAACCUAGUUAUAGCUGGAGCUACUGUUUUACGAAUUUAUAGACUUGUACCUGAAGCAGAUAUUCCAGUUACAGGGGAACCCAAAUUGAAACUAGAAUGUGUUCAAGUAUUUCCUUUGUUUGGCAAUGUCAUGUCAAUGCAGUCCAUACGCCUUGCAGGGUCUCCAAGGCAUGCUUUGCUUCUCAGUUUCAAGGAGGCUAAGCUUUCUCUAGUUGAGUAUGACCCUUCCACUCAUGAUUUGAAAACUUUAUCUCUACACUACUUUGAAGAAGAAGAUAUGAAGGCUGGAGCAAGUCAUCAUCCAUACACCCCUAUUGUGAGGUCGGAUCCGGACGGGCGCUGCGCCGCAAUGGUUGUGUAUGAGAGAAAUAUUGUAAUUCUCCCCUUUCGAAAAGAAAAUAUCACUGAAGAACAAGAUUCUUCUGUCACUAAUGCCAUUGCCUCAGGAGUAAAAACUCCUGUUUUAGCUUCAUAUACCAUUAAGUUAUCAGAAAUUGAUGAAAAAGUGAACAACAUUAAAGAUCUUCAAUUUUUGCAAGGGUAUUAUGAACCAACUCUGUUAUUGCUGUAUGAACCUUUGAGAACAUGGCCUGGGAGAGUUGCAGUUCGCCAGGAUACAUGUAGCAUUUUAGCUUUGUCUUUAAAUACUACUCAACGUGUUCAUCCUGUCAUUUGGUCUCUGAGUGGUUUGCCAUUUGACUGUCUGUAUGCAAUGGCUGUUCCAAAACCCAUUGGUGAAAAUGGGUAG